CUUUUUGCAUAUACUCAGUUUGUUUUUUUAACAUAAGCAUAUUGGUUUAGCAGAGGCGUAUAUUGAAUUUACUAAGUGUGAUUACCUUAGCAUCUUUGCGGCAAUUUUUUUUAUGAUGCUAUUUUCAAGUCUACUUAUGAAAGGUGCGUUUUGCCAAAUACUUGAUUCAAAUGCCACCAAAUCGUCUUCAAAUCUUAGACUGCAAUGUGAAAAAAUAAUGACAAAGUUAUAAUCACAAUCUGCCAGUUUGAUCUGACAUGAAUACAUGAAUAGAAAACUUUUUUCUUCACAUAUAAUGAAUUACAUAAAUGAUUUCUUUCCUACUGUAGCAAUGUAUAAACACCAUAUGCCUUGUAGAAAGAAUUGUUGCAAGUAUAUCGCACCACCUUUGCUGCCUUUUUUGGAUGAGUUUUUCAAUUAGCUGGCUCAGCAUUUUGCAGCAAUCUUCCUCUAACGCCAUCCAGCUUUCUUCAUGCAGUUAAGAAUCCCUGUUGACAAGUUUAGUAUUUUAGUUACUUUUUCCACGCAACUCAAAAAGCAUUUCAACAAUCCAGCUUUUCUGUUACCAAGAGUUUCUCAGGAAAAAGUUUAGCUGUGUUCAUAUAAAAAGCAAAGACAAUAACUAUCCUAACACAAUAGUUUUUGGCAGUUUCCAUAAAAUUUCUAGUUUCAGGGCCAUUAUUCGGAAAAAUUUUGUCUUUCUUAUGCUGGAACGACAUAAAUCUUUCUCUAAUUUUAAAAAUAAAAAGAUAUAUAAUAAGAGGAACUUUUUUAUAAACUUAUAAUUAGUUAAAUAUACUUUGGAAAGGACUAGUAAAAUGAUGAGCCUCUUAUCACAAAAAUUGAAAUGAAGAAAGCUUUAUUCCUGUUAUUAAACAUAAUGAUAUCAUUUGAUUUGAACAAGUGAGAUUGAAAAUACCGUUGGGUUUCCACAUCAUUUGUCAACACUGUCAUUCCACACAGUCUUGCACUUUGCAGCCCUUGCUUGACCAAACCUUGGAGUAAAGCUUCAUGAAAUUGAAGCAAAAAUUCACUCAGGGACUCCAUAGAUUUUAUGUCAUUGAAGUGCAUCAAAAACGUGCUUCUUCACGGCACUCUCCACAUCAUUUUCUACAAAGAAGUAAAGUAUUUUAAAUUAUUUAGUGAUUCAAAACUAUUUUAGAGUGAAAAAGAUCUCAUUUUAAGUGAAUUUUUAUACAGUCAACUUAAUAUUGAUCGAUUUGAUAGCCUUAAAUGUUGUGUUAUUCUAUGUAAAUGAUUUUUUCCAGCUGUUAAUUUAUGCUAACUGUCAAGGAUAUUAAUGUUCGUUGCCUAUUGUUACAUGCACAGUAUUUGUUUUGUUUGCUUGAAUGAUCUUUUAUGACAUACAGUACUCUGUGAAAUAUAAUCUUGCCAAAAAUAGUGAAAAUUAAUGUCUUACUCGGAUGUGCCUGUUGAAUUCAAAUUUCCCCCAGUAAGAAACAAGAGGUGUUCUCUAUUACUGGCACCUUGGCCAAAGUUUUAAAGUUCUUGGCUUGUUGUUUUACUCACAUUCAUACCAGCACCAUUAAAUUUUAUCAUUCAACGUAUAAUAUUUCAUUUAACCAAAAAAUGAAUUAUGAAAGUCGGAAAAUUUAGCAUAAUCAUACUACAUGGUUACAAUGAAAUGCAAGAAACUUGUAUUGCUUCUUCUUUAUGUAAUCUACUAUUUCUAUUGGUAGCAUUAAUAAAUGACUAUUCUUGAUGUGACGGAUGUAACAUGCCUUUAGAUGCAAAAACGUAAGACUAUUCUCAAUGUGACAGAUGUUACCAACCGUUGUUUUUACUGUGGGGUUUGGCAUAUGAAUGUCACAAAGUUCUUCCAAGAACAAUGAUGCUGCCAAGAGUAAUGAUUCUCUAUUAAAGUGCUACUGCAACGAAAUUUUCGAAUUUCUGUUUUGUUCAUAUUCCGAGACAUCUUUAUGCGCUAAUUACGAUACUGAAAACCGAUUUCAAUUCGGUGGAGUAGAAUUUUUUUUAUGGCCCGUCAAAGUUGGUGAUUUUGGCAGAUCGCGUGCGAAUUUUUCUAGCUGCCUGAUGACGUAGAAAGUAGAACACGAAUUUCAAAGAACAAUGCGGCACGCUAUCCUAACUUCAUCACGACAACUUCAACAUGGCGAGUAGAGUGGAGAAACAGAGUCGAGGAGGAAAGCGCUGUGUUGCUGGUGGCCCUAACUUAGUCAGCUGUGGAAAUAGUCAAUAUACUGAUGGGGUGUCAGUUCACUUAUUCUCCGAUAAAGAAAAAGACAACGCGAGACAUCAGAAAUGGGUCCAAUUUGUGCGGCGUUAUCGACCAGGCUGGGUCCCUUCGAAGACAUCAAUUUUGUGUGGGAGUCACUUUGAGGAAUCUUCCUUCACAAUGCGAAGAGACAUAGCUUUACAGCUCGGAGUUAAGUCUUUUCUCAAGCCUGAUGCAGUGCCAACGGUUCAUGUAGCAAACGAAGCUCCGAAGAUAUCUGAAGAAAUGUCAGAUCGAGAUCGAAGACAGGUGAGCGAAGAUUUAGGCCCUCUGGCCUACUUUCUGGUUUGUUGUUCUUUCACUUUCAGACCAAUGUCCAUCGUAGAACUCAUUUGUUCUGAGUUGUUUUUUUGAUCGUCUAUACUUUUUUUCUUUGCAGAUUGUUCGAAGUGCUAUUAUAACCCCGAAAUCUAUCCAAACGACGACAUCAGACAUUGGCGAUGAUGUAGAAGAAGCAGAUGAUAAUAAAGAAUUGGAUAGCCGAGUCGAAAGCAAUAUUGCUUGUGAGAACUGCAUAUCUUUAGAAUUUUUACUGUUGUAUUGUAAAACUUAAUAGUCACAUUCUUAUUCUCUUAGGAAAUACCAUUCGAAAAAAAUUUUUCAAAAAUGAGAAGGACUGAGGCAAAAGAUUUUAAUAUAAAAGACAUUAAGGCAAUUCAGUUCUUACAUAAAGAGAAAAAGAAGCUCAAGGAACUUAGGUAUUUAUCUUAUCACAAUUGUAAAUCCUACUGUUGCACAGUAAAAAUUUUUUCAUUUUUCAAUUUAUACGCUGCGAAUCUAUCAUUCUUUAAAUUAUUGAAAUUAUUUGAAGAUGGUAUAUUUCAUUUCUGAUUGUUAAGAAAUCUUUUAAUAUUUUAAUAUAAUGUACAGGCCAAUAUAUUCAAUUUUUAUUUCUCUAAUUCUCUUUCAGACCAGGGAUGACUAUUAUUGUCAAAAUCGUUAAUAAUAAGAAGAAAAGAAAAGAGCAGCAGAGGAGGGAAUUUCCUUUUUAUAGAGCUAAAAUAGUAUAUCUGCAAAAAAGGUCAGCAAGUUGAAGAAGAAGAGGGCAGAGCUGUAUGCAGAAAUUGAGCAGGUAUUUCUUUCUUUACCCUUAAAACUGGUUUUGUGUUUCUGUUUGACAUUGGUCAGAGUACAAUCAGUGUUACCCUUCUCUUGGUUACUUCUGUGCAUUCCACAUACAACUUCUGACCCCUGGAGCUUUUUUGCUUAAGAAUUGUAAACCAAAGUAACAUUACACCCACAAUGACAUUACUCAUUCUUCUUGCAAGCUUACAAACACGGAUGUUAUUCCUGAAGACAUUGAUGCAAGUAGCCUUUCAGGUUAUAAAAUGGAUAAUGGUUCCGAUGACAAUCGGCUUCAUGGCGCUUAUGUCUGUCAAGACUUGAGUCUGGAAAAUGAGGAUGAGGAAGACUGGGCAACUUUGGAAGAAUCGGCCGACUCCACAGACACCGAAGAUGAUGGAAAUCAGUUUGUUUCAAGAAAUCUUGUAAGUGUUAGACCUGGGACAAGAGUUGCUGAAGAGCCCAAGUUUGUGGUUUUCUAUGGCAUGUUGUUGGCAAUUUUCAAAACUUUCUGUUUCCGAUGCAAAGCUGACAAUCCUUCUGUUGAGGUACAUCGCACUGGAACAAUGGCAACUGUUGUGCAGAAAUGUAGGCAGUGCAGAAUGCAUUUCCAGUGGAAAAGUCAGCCAUCACUCUUUGGAAAAUAUCCUGCAGGCAAUGUAAUGCUGAGUUUUGGCAUCUUGACAUCGGGUGUGAGAAUAAGCCAGGCUUUGUUGAUGUUUAGACACAUGGGGCUGUCAGCCAUAUCUGGACGGACCUUUUUUUAUCAUCAGAAAAAAUUCCUCUUCCCAUCUGUGCUCCAUCAUUGGGAAAGCUAUCGCUCAUCACUGCUUGAAAAAUUGAGAGGGGUCAAGAAUGCACAAUGGUCUGGAGAUGGAAGGUUUGAUUCUAUGGGUCACAAUGCUAAAUAUGGUGUCUACACAUUGUUUUCCAAUUCCAUCUCCAAACUGGUCCAUUUUGAACUGCUUCAGGCAAAUGAAUCAGGGUCAAGUAACGCAAUGGAACUUGAUGGAGCCAAACGUUGCUUUCAGUACAUAAAGAAUGCUGGUUUGACAAUCACAACAUUCAUAAGUGAUCGGCACAAAGGAAUCGCAAAGUGGAUUCGUGAAUCACAGCCUGAAACCUCCUAUUUCAAUGAUUUGUGGCAUGUCUGCAAAGGUCUCACAAAGAAAAUCUUGAAAGGCAGCAAAGAAAAAGGCUUUGAAGUACUAAAAUUAUGGCUCAAGGGAAUACGUAAGCAUCUUUAUUGGUGUGCCCUUUCUACCAAGCAAGGCUUUGGUGAGUUGAUUGUUGCAAAGUGGAGAUCCUUGAUGCGUCAUAUUGCAAACAAACAUGAUGAACAUCCGAGUCAGUUAUACAACAAGUGUGCACAUGUUGAACUUGAACCACGUGAAUGGAUUCCAAUCGGUACACCUGCAUAUGACAAAUUACUCAAGAUUCUUUGCAACACAACCACUUUAAAAGAUGUCCAGAGUCUAUCAUGUGAUGCCCAGACAAGCUGCCUGGAAGGCUUUCAUUCAACGUUAAAUCACUGGCACCCAAAAAUGGUUCACUUUUCUUGGCUUGGUACAUACUGCAGACAUGUUUUGGCUAUUUCUCAUUUUAACGAGAAUCUCAAUCGUGAAGCACGAACAGCAUUAGAUGGAUCAGUAUGCUACUCAGUUGUUUACCCAAAAUUCAAACUUGGGGAAGAAGUUGUCAGAGAAGUUGCCAUACCCCCUACAUACGCAUAUGUGGACAAUAUAAGAAAUGUUUUGUUCAGCACGCCCUUGGAGGAGCUUGGGAGUGUCCUGGACAAGUACACACGGAAAGUGCCAGAGCCUUUAACUGCUCAGUUCCCAAACAGACGUCAAAAGAAUGAUGCCAUCUCUGAAUAUAUUUUAAAGCAGAGCACUACUACACCAAUGUACCCUACAGAAAAUGAACAAGAAUCCUUGCAAUUAAGCCUAAUGAAACCAGCUGUAUUGGCUGAAAGCACAAGAAAAAGGAAGACCAACCGCUGCUGCAAAAAAUGUGGGAAACCAACAAAGGGGCAUAAACAUGGAAAGUGUGACUGAUUUUUGGUGAAACACUCCAGAUCUCUCUCUUCUUUGCAAAAGAAAGUAUUUGCUUUUAUCAAAAGAGCCUUACCCUUUCGGUAUUUGAAGUCCACUUGUGUUCUACCAAAACUUUUAUUAAAAAAGUGGACCUCAGUAUGGAAAGGAUUAAGUUUAAAAUUUACUGGUUAGAAAUUAGCAAAAGUUAAAUACACUCAAACAAAUAAACUGACUGGAAAUGUUUGAGAGCAACUGCUACUUAUGCUGAUAUUUGGAACAAACAUGUAGUGAAACAUGAGGGCAAAAGCCAUAUUCUGUAGCUUAUUUUGUAGAGCUUUUGGACCCUCAGAUUCAUAAGUUUUGGCACAUUUGAAAUGUUUGCAUAUUUUUACUGAAAAUGAGU